UUUGAGGGGAGUUGUGGUAGUCAGAGAAGUGAAUUUUGCCCGGAAAGGAAAGAAGCGAGAGAGAAGCAGCAGCUCGGAGAGAGCUUUAAUCAAACUUCCGGGCGGUUUAUUUUAUACCGAGCCUCUCCUGGGUGCUUCAUGCGGCGCUUGGACGAUGUUAGGACAUUACCCGAGCGCGGAGAAAUCGCAGCUGGUGAGCUAUGUGGAGGAUUACCUGGAGUGUGUCGAGUCCCUUCCUCUGGACAUUCAGAGAAAUGUCUCACUCCUGAGGGAAAUCGACACCAAAUACCAAGAGAUCUUAAAGGAGGUGGACGAGGUGUUUGAGAAGUAUAAGAAGGAGGCGGACGGCGCUCAGAGGAAGCGUCUCCAGAUGCAGCUGCAGCGCGCCCUCAUCAGCAGCCAGGAGCUCGGCGACGAGAAGAUCCACGUGGUCACGCAGAUGAUGGAGGUGGUGGAGAACCGCUCGCGCCAGAUGGAGGCGCACUCGCCCUGCUUCUUGGACCCCAGCGAAGCCGAAAGACCGGCUGAAAAAUCUCGACACGAGACGGGAAGCAGCGGCGCUGCAGCCAACGCUGUCGCAGAGCGCUCGUCGUCACGCAGGCCUCGCCGCCACCGCAACAGCGAGAGCCGCGACUCGUCUUACAGCGCUAACGGCGCCAACGGCGUCCUGGAGGAUCCGAGCGACGAACCUGCGGCUCAGCCGCCCCGCGAGAAAAAGUCCAAAUCGGCGAAGAAGAAGAAGCGCUCGAAAGCCAAGUCGGAACGCGAAGUGUCUCCCGCCGUGGAGUUCAACAUCGACCCCAACGAGCCGACGUACUGCCUGUGUGAGCAGGUUUCCUACGGGGAGAUGAUCGGCUGCGAUAACGAGCAGUGCCCCAUCGAGUGGUUCCACUUCUCCUGCGUCAGACUCACCUACAAACCCAAGGGUAAGUGGUACUGCCCCAAGUGCCGAGGGGACAGCGAGAAGACCAUGGACAAGAGCACAGAGAGGCCCAAGAAGGACCGCCGCUCCAGGUAGUGGCUCAGAAAGGAGUUGCCAGGACGAGACGGCGAGCCUGAGCCACGCACACGGAACGUUCCGGACCGUACACACUCCACAGAUUCACACCUCACGCACUAAACACGAGAAUGAGAACACGCCGUGACAGACACCAUCAUGGGUUUGAUUUUAAAUCGAUUCCGUGUGCUGAGAGAAUCGGAGUUGAACCGACUCGGUCCAGGAAAAUCAUCUCCACGUCCUGAUUGGUCCGAGUUAAAAUCCUCCGAGAGCAGUGAAUAAAUCCGCAGCUCCUCGUUACGAGCCGGCGUGGAUCUGUGGAGCGAGACCAAAGAGUGACACUCCCUCGUCCACUCGCCCCGGAUUAAACCCCGCCCAUCCGCCAUCGCUCACGUUUUUCAGUAGCGAAUCAGCAUCACUACACGUGUCCCACGAUUCACUGCGGUGUGACGCCGUUUCCUUUUGUUAAACCACAUCACUUCAGCACGAGCGUCUCUUCAGAUUCACUUUAUUCCUCUGAGCUUCACACUGGAGUGAGUUUCCAGUCUAGUGAAUUUAACACACUUGUUAUACGAAACCGUCAUUCAUUCAUUCAAAAAAAAAAACCACUCCCAAAGCUGGUGAAGGAGUGUUACAGACGUGGGACGUGGACCAGGAAACGGAGUGCGAACUUCCUGCAAAAAGACUCGCAGUACUGCCAUCAGUGUUUAUAAGAUCCUGAAAAGAAAACUUUCCAGACUAUUUUUUUUUUUUCAUUUUAGUGUCAGUUGUGUUGUGAAGAUGAUGAUGAUGAUGAUGAUGAAGGGGGGGAGGAGAAAACAAAACCAUGCACAGGAUUCGACCUUCAUCACGUCUGUGUUUUUCUUUUGAUUUCACUUAAACACCAGAAUGGAGAAUUUCAAAACGUCUUCCAGUGUGAGAGAACGCUUCUGUGUUUGUGUUAGUUUCUGUUUGUUGAGUCUGGUGUAAUUUUUUUUUUUUUGUUCUAGGUUUCAAUUUUUUUUAAAUAUUAAGACUUUUGUGUAUUUAAAUAAACCUGUGCUCUACA